GCCGUCGCCGCGCACAGCGAUCAACCAUGGCGUCCAUCCUCUUGCGACGCCAACUAGCGCGCAGCGCGCCUAGGGCAGCGCUCCUCAAUAAUUCUACUAUUGCAAGCUCGAGUAAACGCGCUCUAAGUACGAGUGCUGUUCGCCAUCGAGCUGAACCGCUUUCCGAGGCUGCCAACACUGAGGGUGUACCGUCGUCGGGUGCAAAGAGCUUGCUUGAUAUUCAUACUGUUGAAGAUUUGCAGAGUAUGUCUCCGGAGGAUGUACUUUUGGAGGGUGGCUCGAAGCGGAGUUCGCAGAUGCGGCAUUUCACAGUGAACUUUGGACCUCAACAUCCGGCUGCACAUGGUGUACUUCGAUUAAUUUUGGAACUGAACGGAGAGGAGAUUUUGCGAGCAGAUCCACACAUUGGUCUUCUUCACCGUGGAACCGAGAAGCUCAUCGAGUUCAAAACGUACACACAGGCUUUACCAUACUUUGACCGGCUGGAUUACGUUUCCAUGAUGACAAACGAACUAUGUUAUUCCCUCGCGGUCGAAAAACUCCUCAACAUCGAGGUCCCCGAGCGUGCAAAAUGGAUUCGUACACUAUUCGGCGAAAUAACGCGUAUUCUGAACCAUCUCAUGGCCGUCCUCACACACGCUAUGGACGUCGGCGCACUAACUCCCUUCCUCUGGGGUUUCGAAGAGCGCGAGAAACUGAUGGAAUUCUAUGAACGAGUCUCCGGUGCGCGUCUGCAUGCCGCUUACGUGCGUCCCGGUGGAGUUGCGUUUGACCUCCCUCACGGACUGUUGAACGAUAUCUUCCAAUGGGCGACUCAGUUCAGCUCUCGGGUCGAUGAGAUUGAGGAAGUUGUGACUGGUAAUCGUAUUUGGAAACAACGUACGGUUGGUAUUGGUACAGUCACUGCGAAAGAGGCGAUGGACUACUCGUUCUCUGGUGUCAUGUUGCGUGGGAGCGGUGUGAAGUGGGAUUUGCGAAAGGUUGCACCGUACGACAAAUACGACGAGGUCGAGUUUGACAUACCUGUCGGGAAGAAUGGGGAUUGUUACGACCGUUACUUGUGCCGUGUACAGGAGUUCCGCGAGUCUCUACGGAUUAUCGACCAAUGUCUCAAUAAGAUGCCAACCGGAGCUAUCAAGGUCGAUGACCACAAGCUCGUCCCUCCUCCACGAGCCUCGAUGAAGGAGAGUAUGGAGUCAUUGAUUCAUCAUUUCAAACUCUUUAGCGAGGGGUACUCUGUCCCGCCUGGCGAGACUUACUCUGCUAUCGAGGCACCUAAGGGAGAGAUGGGUGUCUAUCUCGUUUCUGACGGCUCGAACCGCCCUUACCGCUGCAAGAUCCGAGCACCCGGCUUCGCCCACCUCGGAGGCUCCGAUUUCAUCAUGCGUCAUCACAUGCUUGCCGAUGCCGUUGCAAUCAUUGGUACGAUGGACUUGGUGUUCGGUGAGGUAGACAGGUAACGACGCUCAGGCGAGAAAUGUAGAUUAAUAUAAACCUCGUUCUUUCGCCAAUAAUAAAAACCUCUGCUUCACCUCCUUCUGCGGGUGACAGUGCUUUC